UGGCGUUGGGCGCUUAGUGUCUGUGAGCCGGGGCAUUGUUCCAACGAGGCAGUGGGUAUAAAGAAACGCUGCUCGAACAUGAGGCAAAGCACUUUACCCCCUGACUUUGAACAUGUCACAAGCUGAGAAAGCACAGGCCGACCAACAAAAGGCAGAAGAAGAGCGCAUCGAGCGCGAGAGGGCGAGCGGGAACAAACUCUGGAGCGCCUACAUCACCGAGGCGCAAAACUACGAUCAGGGACUCCUCGAAGGCUGGCGCAGUGAGAUGGAUGGUAUGCUGAUCUUCGCCGGUCUCUUCUCGGGCGUUAUCACGACUUUCAUU